ACAGACAGGGGGCUGGACAGAAGGGGUCAGGUUUCUUGAAGCAGCUGGAGGUCCUGGAAGUCUGGGUCCCACCCUGAGAGCCUCCUCCCACAGGCAAUGCGCACCCAGGCUCCGGAGGACAGAGCGGCCAGCGUCUUCAUACCCGUCUGCUCCUUCUCUGGCCCUCGAGCCCCAGGAAGAAACGAGGCACCACCUCCUCCACGUUCUUCCAGGGGCCCAGGCAGCGCCUUCACUGGAACCUCUUCCUGGAGCAGGACAAGACGCCGCCAGUCCCUGUCGCUCCCGUCCCUGUGAAGAGAGCGGCUUCUAACAGCCGGACCCCUCAGGGAUCCCUGAUAGAUGGGAGCUCAUCUCCAACCCCACUGCCUCCCCGCUUUGUGCCCCGCAGACGGCGCUGGGCUGACUCUCCAUCAUGCCAGGCCUGCUUAGUCUCCCAACAUUCUGCCACUUCCUUCUCCCCUGGGCCCUCGCCAUCUUCCACAAAGCGCUGGGGGACCUAGCACCCCACCCCGGCCCCCACUACCUCCUGCCCCCCAUCCACGAGGUCAUUCACUCUCGUCGUGGGGCCACGGCCACGCUGCCUUGCGUCCUGGGCGCCCCGCCUCCCAGCUACAAGGUCCGCUGGAGCAAAGUGGAGCCCGGGGAGCUCCGGGAAACGCUGAUCCUCAUCACCAACGGCCUGCACGCCCGGGGCUACGGGCCCCUGGGGGGGCGCGCCAGGAUGCGGAGGGGGCAUCGGCUGGACGCCUCCCUGGUCAUCGCGGACGUGCGCCUGGAGGACGAGGGCAGGUACCGCUGUGAACUCAUCAACGGCAUCGAGGACGAGAGCGUGGCGCUGACCCUGCGCCUGGAGGGUGUGGUGUUCCCGUACCAGCCCAGCCGGGGCCGGUACCAGUUCAAUUACUACGAGGCGAAACAGGCGUGCGAGGAGCAGGACGGGCGUCUGGCCACCUACGCCCAGCUGUACCAGGCGUGGACCGAGGGCCUGGACUGGUGCAACGCGGGCUGGCUGCUCGAGGGCUCCGUGCGCUACCCCGUGCUCACCGCGCGCGCCCCGUGCGGUGGCCCGGGGCGGCCCGGGAUCCGCAGCUACGGGCCCCGCGACCGGAAGCGCGACCGCUACGACGCCUUCUGCUUUACUUCGGUGACUGCAGGCCACGUGUUCUUCGUGCCCGGGCGGCUGACGCUGUCUGAAGCGCACGCGGCGUGCCGGCGGCGCGGGGCCACGGUGGCCAAGGUCGGGCACCUCUACGCCGCCUGGAAGUUCUCGGGGCUGGACCAGUGCGACGGCGGCUGGCUGGCGGACGGCAGCGUGCGCUUCCCCAUCACUUCGCCGCGGCCGCGCUGCGGGGGCCUCCCCGACCCCGGCGUGCGCAGCUUCGGCUUCCCGCGGGCGCAGCAGGCGGCCUUCGGGACGUACUGCUACUCGGAGUAGGGCCGCCGCGGCCCCCAUCCCGCAGCCUGCCACGGUCGGGGUCCUAGGGUCCCGGCCGGGCGGGGGAGGGGAGGUGGCGUCGCCCUGCGAGAGGGGGGGACCCCCCCCCCCCGGACGCUCGCACCCGGACCGGCGGCCGUUCGCGCGCUCCCGCGGUCGCUGCUGGGGGAGGGCGAGCGCCCGGGGCAUUAACCCACUUCUGUCCACAGCAGUUAAGUAACUUGAGGACUUUGUGUGUCGA